AUGGCCUCGUCAGCCUUUCUUUCACCUCCUGGUCCAGUCACAUCUGAUCCUACCGUUGACGCUCUCCUGAUCACCGUUCGCUUCUCAGCAUCAAUUCCCGAUCUCCACCUCGAUGUCUCCGAUCCAGACACGACUACAGGCGCAGGUCUCAAACAGUUAAUACGGGGCCAGCUCCCCUCCUCCCUCAAAACACAUCGUCUACGCCUAAUCUAUGCCGGCCGUGGUCUAGACGACACAAGCGCCUUAGCAGCAUCCCUCAAACUUCCCCCAUCACCCUCCAGAACACCACGCCCCGCCACAGAAGACACAUCCGACUCAGAGCCCAAUGCCUCUGACGCUCUCUUAAGCGGAAUCUCCAAAGACAAAGGCAAACAGCCAGUCCGCGACACCCGGCCCCGGUUGUACAUCCACUGCUCAAUCGGCGACAUCGCACUCUCAGACUCCGAUCUCGCCGCCGAAGCAGCCGCAGCAUCCACUGUCCUGCUUCAGGAGCGCAAAGCCGAAACCUCCUCCGAUCCGCUCGGCGCUUCUUCAAUCUUCUCGCGACCGCAGAACACCCACCAUGCCCCCGCGACUACGACGCCCGCGCCCCGCGGGUUCGACCGCCUCCUUGCAGCCGGCUUCUCGGCAUCGGAGGUCACUGCUCUGCGCUCGCAAUUCCUGGCUGUGCAGUCUGUUUCGCGGACGCCGGAUACCAUGCCGACGGGUGAGGAGCUGCGCGAUCUAGAGGACCGAUGGAUGGAUGAGGGGUCGACGGCUGCGCAGGCGCAGGCGGGCGGGGAGGGGGUUGUGGGUGCGGAUGAUGAUGGGGGGGCUGGGGUCGGGGUCUAG